AUGGUAUAUCAACAAAAUUUGCAUUUUAUAAGGUAUAAGGUUAAUCAAAAGAUUACAGCUAUUGUUACUAGAAUAUUGAAGAAUGACGUUACUGAACAAACCAAACUUGUGGUUGCAUUUAGUGAUAAAAAUGGAGCUACCUUAGCAGAACUCAUUUUUUUUGAUGCUUGUACUGGAAGUGGAUGUCCAAUUAAAGCUGGUGAUGCAAUUAAUCAAAAGGUGGAAUUUAAUCUACCAGACAAAUCGUUCUAUAUGGUAUUUAGUAUGGCAAAUUCAGAAAGUGAUGUUCUAGGCUGUUUUUAUUUUCUAUAUUGA